AUGGGAGUAAAUUCCUUUAACGGAAUCUUACCAAAAUCCUUAGGUAAUUUGUCAGCAUCUAUUGAAAUUUUCUCUGCCGAUAAUUGUGAUAUUAAAGGUAUCAUUCCAAAUGAAAUUGGUAAUAUGAGCAACUUGAUCGUGUUACGCAUUGAAGACAAUGAAUUGACAGGAACAAUUCCAGGCAAGUUGGGUCAACUAAGAAAAUUGCAAAAGCUGAGACUUGAUGUCAAUAAACUAGAGGGGUCAGUACCUGUCAACAUUUGCAAUUUGGUAAAUCUGUAUCUUCUUGAUUUGGGGAAUAAUCAGCUUUCUCAACAGCUACCAACUUGUUUUGGAAUUCUUACCUCUUUACUAGAAAUUUAUUCAGAUUACAACUCAUUAACGUCCACUAUCCCAUCCACACUAUGGAAUAACAAGGAAAUUCAGAUUUUGAGUUUAGCUCAUAAUUUGUUGAACGGGUCGCUGGCACCAGAAAUUGGCAACAUUAAGAGCAUAAGAGGGUUAUAUCUAUCUGGAAAUAAAUUCUCAGUUGAUAUUCCAAGCAUUAUAGGACAACUUCAGAAUUUGGAAAAUCUAACAUUGUCAAACAAUCGAUUACAGGGUACUAUACCUGGUAAUCUGAUUUCAUUGAAGAUAUUGGAUUUAUCAAAGAGCAAACUCGAUGGUGUAAUCCCCAAGUCAAUAGAGAAACAACUUCAGAAUUUGGAAAAUCUAACAUUGUCAAACAAUCGAUUACAGGGUACUAUACCUCAGUCGUUUGGUAAUCUGAUUUUAUUGGAUUUAUCAAAGAACAAACUCGAUGGUGUAAUCCCCAAGUCAAUAGAGAAACUUGAAUACCUUGAGUAUUUCAAUGUUUCAUUCAAUGAACUCAUUGGUGAAAUUCCAAAUGGAUGGCCUUUUAAGAAAUUUACCUCAGAUUUUUUCAUUGGAAACAGAGAAUUGUGUGGAGCAUCUCAAUUUAAGAUCAAGUCAUGCACAGGUAAUACAACUCGAUUAUCAAGCAAUACCGAAUUCUUGAAGUAA